GCAACUCGUGUGAAGAAAGUGAAAGCGAAACCAUUGGGCUAUAAACGAUCAAAGGACACAACGGCAGGGGAAACAUAAAAAAAAAGAAUAAGAAUAAAAGAGGCCUACUGAUUUGUGUCAUGCAGUCCAUUCUGAACUCCUGGUCUCGUAUUCCUGAAAUGGCCACACUGACUCAGCAGUGAGGAUGUCUCAGAAGCGAAAGGAUAGGUCUGCUGACUUCGAAUCGAGUCUCUCUGAGAUGUCUGAGACCAGCUCUGGAAUGCUCAGUUCUAAAAGGAAAAAGUCGAUGAAAAGUACUGACUCAAUGUCUCAUCCGGUCAACUUUGGGGGAGACUUUUCAGGUGAUAAAAGGAUCCAGUUGGAGAGAGCAGUGUCACCUGUACCCAGCCAUCUAUCGAUGAAAAGUACUGACUCAAUGUUUCAUCCAGUCAACUUUGGGGGAGACUCAUCAGGUGAUAAAAGGAUCCAGUUGGAGAGAGCAGUGUCACCUGUACCCAGCCAUCUAUCGAUGAAAAGUACUGACUCAAUGUUUCAUCCAGUCAACUUUGAGGGAGACUUUUCAGGUGAUAAAAGGAUCCAGUUGGAGAGAGCAGUGUCACCUGUACCCAGCCAUCUAUCGAUGAAAAGUACUGACUCAAUGUUUCAUCCAGUCAACUUUGGGGGAGACUCAUCAGGUGAUAAAAGGAUCCAGUUGGAGAGAGCAGUGUCACCUGUACCCAGCCAUCUAUCGAUGAAAAGUACUGACUCAAUGUUUCAUCCAGUCAACUUUGAGGGAGACUUUUCAGGUGAUAAAAGGGCACAAUGGUCAACAGGGUUCUGCUCUCAGGUAGAGAUGAGAGACCGAUCCAAUGGUUCAACCAUCGCUAAAAAGUCUCAGAAGGAUCUUGAUGGCUCACUUGAGAAAGACCACCAGAAGAAUGAAUCCAUAUUUAGAGACCAACAGACAUUGAGAACUAAUCUGAAGAAGAAAUUUGAAUGCAUAUUUGAAGGUUUCGAAAGGCAGGGCCGCUCGGCCCUCUUCAAUGAGAUUUUUACAGAGCUCUACAUUACAGAAGGGGGAAGUGGGGACAUAAAUAAUGAACAUGAGGUGAGACAAAUUGAGGCAAUAUCCAAGAGACAAAUGGCACAGGAAACUGUAAUAGACUGCAAUGACAUCUUUAAACCUCUACCAGGUCAAAUAGGGCCAAUCAGAAUUGUGCUAACCAAGGGGAUUGCUGGUAUUGGAAAAACCUACUCUGUUCAUAAGUUCAUUCUUGACUGGGCUGAAGGAAAAGCCAAUCCAGAUGUGAAUUUCAUCUUCAUUCUUCCUUUUCGAGAUCUGAAUUUGAUGGCGGAGAGAAAAUUCAGUCUCAUGCAACUCCUCCAGCACUAUUUUCCCGAACUGAAAGAAAUUGAAAAUGUUGCCAAUGAUGAUGUCAAAAAAGUGUUGAUCUUUGAUGGUCUAGAUGAAUGUCGACUUCCUCUAGAUUUCCAGCACAAUGAAAUCUGCUCUGAUGUAACAGAGUCAACAUCAGUAGACAUGCUGCUUACAAACCUCAUUAAGGGGAAUCUGCUUCCCUCUGCUCUCCUCUGGAUCACCUCCCGACCAGCAGCAGCCAAUCAAAUCGCAUCUGUGUGCAUAGAUCGGGUAACAGAGGUACGUGGGUUCAAUAACCCACAGAAGGAGGAGUACUUCAGAAAGAGAAUCGGAGAUCCAAACAUGGCACGCAGAGUUAUCUCACACAUAAAGUCAUCCAGGAGUCUCUACAUCAUGUGUCACAUACCAAUCUUCUGUUGGAUUUCAACUUCUGUUCUGGAGACGCUGCUGAGUGAAGCACACAAUGGAGAACUCCCUACAAAUCUGACUGAAUUGUACACGCACUUCCUGCUCAUUCAGACGAAUGUGAAGAAUCAGAAGUAUGAUGGCACCAGUCAGACAAACCCAAAGAUGAUGUUGGAGUCAGAUGCAGAAAUCAUCCUAAAACUAGGACAGUUGGCUUUUAAACAGCUGGAAAAAGGUAAUUUGAUAUUCUAUGUAGAAGACUUAAGAGAAUGUGGCAUUGAUGUCCCAAAAGCUUCAGUGUUCUCUGGAGUGUUCACAGAAAUCUUUAAAGAGGAGUUUGGGCUGCACCAGGAGAAAGUCUACUGCUUUGUGCAUCUUAGUGUCCAGGAGUAUAUGGCUGCCUUGUUUGUGUUUCAUUCAUGUGUAACCGAGAAGCGAAACAUCCUCGCACCAGAGACGCCACAAUCUCAGGAUGUCAGCAUUCAGUUGUUCGAGUUAUACAAGAAUGCAGUGGAUCAAGCAUUGGAGAGUAGAAAUGGACACCUGGACCUGUUCCUCCGAUUCCUCCUCGGUCUCUCAUCGGACACUAAUCAGACUCUUUUAGGAGGGUUUCUGAAACAGAAAAUUAGCAUAUCAAAGAACAUUGAGGAAACGGUGGCUUACAUCAAGAAGAAGAUCAGGGCGGAAUCCUCAGCAGAGAGGACCAUCAAUCUGUUCCACUGUCUGAAUGAACUGAAAGCCAACUCUCUUGUAGAGGAAAUCCAGACAUCCCUCAGAUCUGGAACACUGUCUGAUAAAAGGCUGGAUCCACAUCAGUGCUCAGCUCUGGCCUUUGUUUUAUUGAUGUCAGAAGAUGUUUUUGAUGAGUUUGACUUGAAGACUUACAACACAUCAGCAGUAGGUCAGGAGAGACUGAUACCAGUCAUCAAGUACAGCAGGAAGGCUAUACUGGACCGUUGUAGUCUCACAGAGAAAUCGUGCCGUUCUGUGGCCUUGGCUCUACAGUCAGUUCCUUCGCAUCUACAAGAACUGAACCUCAGCCACAAUAACCUGGGAGAUUCAGGAAUGGAGCUUCUCUAUCCUGGUCUGAUCAGUCCAAAUUGUAAACUACAGAGUCUGAGCCUCUGUAACAGUGAUUUUGGAGAUACAGGAGUGAAGUUGCUCUGCGAAUACCUGAGCAGUAAAAACUGCAAACUACAGAGACUUGACCUCUGCAACAAUAACCUGGGAGAUUUGCGACUGGAGCCACUAUUUUCUGUAUUGGCAAGUGAAAACUGUACACUUCAGUCACUGGAGCUGUCAAGCUGUCAACUCACUGAGAGAGACUGUGUUUCUCUGGCACCAGCUCUGUGUUCAAACACAUCACACCUGAGAGAGCUGGAUUUGAGAAACAACCGUCUAGGAGAUUCAGGAAUGAGACAACUCUCUGCAGGACUGGGGGACCCCAACUGUAAACUAGAGAAGCUGGUUGUGAGUCAUUGUGAUCUCACGGGGGACUGCUGUGAUGUUUUGGCCUUAGUACUGCGUUUGCCCCACUCAGAGCUGAGAGAUCUGGAGCUCAGUGACAAUGACUUGCAAGAUUCAGGAGUGAAAGCACUCUGCACUGGAUUGGAAGACCAACAAUGUAAACUUCAGAGCCUGAGGCUGUCAGGCUGUCGAGUCACAGAGAAAGGCUGUAUUGACUUGGCUACAGCCGUGCGUUCAAAUCCCUCUCAACUCAGAGUGCUGGAUUUAACCUACAAUCAUCCUGGGGAGUCAGGAGUGAGAGCACUCUCUGCUGGAAUGGAGGACCCCAGCUGUGCGCUUGAGACACUGCUUACGGACCAUGGAGGAGAGAGCAGAAACAAACCAGGACUGAGAAAAUAUGCUUGUCAGCUCACACUGGACCCCAACACAACAAACAGAAAUCUGUGUCUCUCUGAGGGUGACAGGACGAUGGAACUGGCAACAGAGGAGCAGCCAUAUCCUGAUCACCCAGAGAGAUUUGACCCAAGCCCGCAAGUGCUGUGCAGAGAAGGUCUGUCUGGGCGAUGUUACUGGGAGGUUGAGUGGAAAGGGAGAGGGGCUGACAUUGGAGUGGCAUAUAAAAGUAUUAGCAGGAAAGGACUAGGUAAGGAGUGUGAGCUUGGACAGAAUGAAAACUCUUGGAUUCUUUAUUACAAUAAAUUCCAAUACUCUGCAUGCCACAGAGAUAAGAACACAAACAUACCUGCCUCCCCCUUCCCCUCCCAUAGAGUGGGGGUGUAUCUUGAUUGGUCGGCAGGCACUCUGUCCUUCUACAGCAUCUCCUCUGAUUCAGUGAUCCCCCUGCAUGUGUUUUUCACAAAGUUCACUGAACCCCUCUAUCCUGGGUUUUAUGUUUGGCCUGAUUCUUCAGUGUCCCUGUGCCAGCUGUAGUAAGAUCAAGUGUACUGGAGGAAUAGGCUACCUGUCAGACACACACACACACACACACACACAUGCAAACACACACAAAUGAAAUCAUGUGCACACAGGCAUGCAUAUACAUUUUCACAACCACAACCUAAGACCCGGCAGUUCAUUUUUCUCCCCUGUAGGGUGACAGAGUCUGAGUCUCUAGUGUUAAUCUCAAGAACUGUAUAUUCUCCUAUGCUGAAAUCUACACUAAUAAUAUACACUAAUCUUCAGUAAUAAUAAGACAACUUAUAUUUUUGAAAUAGUUUCACUACAACUUGCUUUUUGUGAUCCAUGAUCAUUAAUUUUUUUCAAGUAAUUCCUCUUUAUGCUAACAUGGAAGUGGCACAGGAGGUACAUGUGUUGCAUGAAAGAGGGGGAUUUAAGUGAUAAAAAUGAUCCCCGAUUGGGAGUUCCCCGCAGAGUGGUGAUAGUUACUUAUGCUGUCCUUUAUGGUAAAUAUCAAUCUGAUUGAAUAUUUUCUGGAGCUACUAAAUUGUUAUGUUUAAGAUUCAGUUAUAUUACAAAAACAGAAAAAAAUGCACUGAAUGAUUUUCCCUGUCAAUAAAAUAUUAUGCUCUUAGUCAUGCUUUUGAUUAUUUUUUAAAUUAUAUUUUAUAUCUGUCUUGUUUCUAAAUUAUUUUUUCCCAUUAGGCCAACAUAUCACUAUCCAAAACACCAGACCAUUAAUGUGUGAAAUUGAUAAUGUUUGUCACAUGAGCACAUAUUUUCUUUGGUAGAUAUUUACAUUUUUGUUUUCCUGUCAGUUUGUCUGAGGCAGAAUUGUAUUUAUUGUAAUGGUGGGGGGUGUCGGAGAACCAGAAGCGACUAAUAAUGGAGAACGAAAAGCUAAUGCUACAGGAAGCGUUAGCACCAAGUCUUGAAGGACAAACCUGUCCAGCCACAAAACUGGUUCGAGAAACCAAAAACAAGCCUUUACAAA